GCCGGCUGGGAGGCAGACGCCGCUCUGAGGCGCCUGGCCCAGCCCCGGGCCCGCCGGGCUUCCCACGCGCUUGGCCGGCCCCGGGGAAGGUCGGCGGCGCUGGAGGGCGGCCGUGUCCCGCGGGGCCGGCGGGCUGUGUCCGCGCUGGCAGCGCCGCCGCCGCGCCUUUGGCCUCAGACCAGACGAGCAGAGGGCACCAGAGCAAAGACACAAACGUGCUCCACGUUUUAGCGUGCGCUGUUUUCAGUUAAUUGGGUUUGGGAUUUGCACCGUUACCUCAGGGAAAAUCUGAAACCGCUUUUGGGAGUCAUCAUUCUUGAUCUCAGCUACGCAGAAGGCUGCGCCUGUCUGCCCCUCAGGCAAUAGACAGACGCGAAGGAGGGGGCGAUACUCCUUGUGACUGCGCACUUCUGUUGUUGCUUUGCUUUGGAGAUACCGGUUGAUUUUUUUUUGAGGGUUGACAACCCAAAGCUCCCCAAAGUCUCAGCUUGCAAUAACGACCACAUGUGUGUGGGGCAUGAGGGCCUGUAGCGCCGAACUGAAUUUGCUCCCAUCUCCAACUAAUCCUACGUCACCUACAGUGAUGCUGGGUCACUGCCCAGUUCCUGCUGGAGAGCUGUCCUCCUCCAACACUCUGACCACCUUUGCCUGAGCAAAGGAACUAAAUUGCCCAUCACCCCACACAAAUGCUCCCUGCAGCUUGUCCCAUCCAGUGACAGCCCCUGCUGCCACCUGCUUCGAGGACAUAAACUGGCAUCUCUCCUGCCUGAUGUUCAGGCUCCUGUCACAAUGGCUGCCAUAGUUUCAUGGGCCAGGUGAGGGCUGAGGGAAUGCUGUCCCCAGCACUUUCACUUCUGCCAUGGUUAGAGGCCCAGAGCUAUUGAUCAGAGAAGGACUCUGCCCGCCCAGUAUUGAUCAGCAAGCAGCGACUGGGCAAUGCAGGGCUGAUGGUCAGUGGCUGUGGGAGGGCUUCCCAGAGAGGUGCCAUGGUGGCAGCUGAGGCGACCUGAUGGGCUGAUUACCCCCAUCCUCUCCCGGAACUGUGUCUGGCCCUGAGCCCUCCGAUCAGAGGACAGUUUGCUAACGAGGUGACGCCCUGCAUGGGCAGCACAUUGUCAGGUGGAAGAGGAAACCGAGACAGGCCAGGGGAGAGGUUUACGAUCUUUUCUGUCCUACCAGCCAUGGAUAGGAAGCAGAAGCAAGGAGAGAAGGCCAGGCCCUACGGCCUGCUGAAGCCGACAGCUUUAGGCAAGAUCCCAGGCAGAUUCCAACUUCAUCAGGAAGCGUUGCCCCAUCUCCCCGUGCCACCACUCCAGCAAACGCUGGACCGCUACCUGCUGGCUCUGCAGCCCAUCAUCAGCGAGGAGGAGCUGAACCACACACAGGAGCUGGUGGCUGAAUUCUGCAAGCCAGGAGGCGUUGGGGAGAGGCUGCAGAAAGGCCUGGAGAGAAGAGCCAAGAAAACAGAGAACUGGCUCUCAGACUGGUGGCUGAAGACAGCUUACCUGGAGUAUCGCCUGCCAGUUGUGGUCCACUCCAGCCCCGGUGUGGUCUUACCUAAGCAGGAUUUUCUGGAUCGACAAGGUCAGCUCAGGUUUGCUGCCAAGCUGAUUGAGGGCAUCCUGGAUUUCAAGACCAUGAUUGACAAUGAGACCCUUCCAGUGGAGUACCUGGGUGGGAAGCCCCUCUGCAUGAACCAGUACUACCAGAUCCUCUCAUCCUGCCGCAUUCCUGGGCCCAAGCGGGACUCCAUUGUCAACUAUGCCAAAGGCAAAAAGCAAUCCAGACACAUCACAGUGGUUCACAACUUCCAGUUCUUUGAGCUGGAUGUUUACAACAGUGACGGAAGUCCCCUUACCACUGACCAGCUCUUCAUUCAGCUGGAGAAGAUAUGGAACACCUCCCUCCAAACAAACAAAGAACCUAUUGGGAUCCUCACUACCAACCACCGAAACAGCUGGGCAAAAGCCUACAACAACCUUCUGAAAGAUAAGACCAACAAGGAAUCUGUGCGUGCGAUUGAGAAGAGCAUUUGCACUGUCUGCCUUGAUGCACCUAUGCCACGGGUGUCUGAUGACAUCUACAAGAGCCGUGUGGCUGCUCAGAUGCUGCAUGGCGGGGGCAGUCGCUGGAACAGUGGGAACCGAUGGUUCGACAAAACCCUUCAAUUCAUCAUUGCUGAAGAUGGCUCCUGUGGUCUUGUGUAUGAGCACGCUCCCUCCGAAGGUCCACCCAUUGUUGCUCUUCUGGAUCACAUCGUGGAGUACACGAAGAAACCUGAGCUGGUACGAUCGCCCAUGAGUCCUUUGCCAAUGCCUAAAAAGCUGCGGUUUAACAUCACUCCAGAAAUCAAGAAUGACAUAGAGAAGGCAAAGCAGAACCUCAACAUAAUGGUCGAAGACCUGGAUGUCAAAGUCAUGGUCUUUCAUCAAUUUGGGAAAGCCUUCCCCAAGUCAGAGAAUAUAAGUCCUGAUGCUUUUAUCCAGCUGGCCUUGCAGCUAGCAUAUUACAGGAUGUACGGCCAUGCCUGUGCCACAUACGAGAGUGCAUCGCUAAGGAUGUUCCGCCUGGGCCGCACAGACACCAUCCGCUCCACUUCUGUACAAUCUCUUAAGUUUGUGCAGUCAAUGGACAGCCCUGACAAAUCGGACCAGGAGAAAGCAGACUUGCUGAGGAGAGCUGCCCAGGCCCAUAGGGAAUACACUGAUAUGGCAAUAAGGGGCAAUGCAAUAGACCGCCACCUCUUAGGCUUGAAGCUUCAAGCUAUUGAGGACCUAGUGAGCAUGCCUGAACUGUUCAUGGACACAGCGUAUGCUGUCGCAAUGCACUUCAAUCUCUCAACCAGCCAGGUCCCAGCAAAGACAGACUGUGUGAUGUGUUUUGGUCCCGUGGUUCCAGAUGGCUAUGGAAUCUGUUACAACCCUAUGGAUGAACAUAUCAACUUUGCAAUUUCAGCAUUCAACAGCUGUGCUGACACAAAUGCAGCCCAAAUGGCACAUUACCUUGAGAAAGCACUGCUAGACAUGAGAAUCUUGCUCCAGUCCACUCCCAAAUCCAAACUUUAAGAGGCAAACAUGAUGCAAAACCCUCAAGUAAAGGGGCUAUCCCUCAUGCACUGAAAUUCCCAGUUCCUCAGAAAACGACUGAGGGGACAGCUUGCCCUGGAACCUAGGAAGGCAUCUACCAUUUGUUUUCAGCAAGAGGUUACAGGAUAGUCAUCCACAGAUACUAAGACUCUGUGGCGAGAAGAAACACUGUCUUAAGCCAAAGUAGAACUGACUGGUCCUCUCCCAGCAAAGCGCACCUUCCUGUCCUCAAAGAGGACCGAAAUACAACUUUUAUGGAACUUACUGUAAAGGAAUACAGAAAGCACAGUCCUUACUAGUAUAUAAAUCCAUUUGGUGAAGAAGGUAGUUCUCCAGGAAAAGCAGGGAAUGUAUAUUAUAUGAUGGAACUACUGUAAGACCAAGUCUUUUUACUGAUUUAGUCUUCCAGAAAGCACAGCAUCUUUCAAACUUGACUUAGGGGGAUGAAAAAAAAAAAAAGGAAAAAAAAUAUCAUUUUUGGGCUGCUCCAGCAAAACUUUGCCAUUGAACUUUGGCAAGGGGAGUUCUUCAGCGAGAGCAGAUCCAGUCUCAUCAAGAGUGCACUGCGCUAUUUCUCCCAGGCACUGUGACCGUUACAUGCUUCACAGGCCUAGGAAUGUUCCCUUCCCCUUGUUUUAGGAUGCUGGGAUCUCCUUUCUGUUGCACUGACCCUAUUAACAACAGAAUGUAAUUCACUACAAGCUAGGGUGGUUUUUCUUUUGUUGUUCUGGCCUUCUUGUUAAGCUUGCUGUUGUGGUCCUAGCCCUUGAUCUUCAGGCUCAGCGUAAAGCUUUUUUACCUACAAAGCUUCUACAAAACUCUCGCACAGGUUUUACUAGCUUUGGAGUUCUGUACCUUACCAUUUGCAGACAUGAGAAGGGAUUGCCUAUGCAUUUAGCAGGACACUUGCUUCGUUGUACCUUUCUUUGGAACUGAGGAAAAGAAAGAGAUUGUGGCCUUCUGUUCCCUAGCCAGAAGGCCACACACCUAAUCUCCUUCUGGACACACAUGUUAACCCAGUGUGGUUUUAUACCUUGCUUUUAGAAACAACUUAUUUGUGCAUGAUGUGUUAUGCUUAAGUCAUGGACAAAUGAGAAUGUUUCCUAUCAGGAACUCCAGAACAUACUUCCAUUUCUGGUCCACAGUUCAAAUCUGUUAAGAGCCAAAGGAGAAGCAGCUGUAGAACCACCCUUUUUCACAUCACCCUGCUCCAACAAGGUAGAAAAUCAUGGAAAGCAGGAAGAAAGCUGAGAACACAUGGGCACUGUAGAUGUUUGUGCAUUGUGGCAGCCAUUGUUCCCACAGCAACAGUGCAGCACCUUUUCUGCCACUCUUGAGAGCUUUUUCUUACUGCAGUGUUACUCAGAUUUGUGCCAGCUCUAUUCUGUGAGAUAAUAAUCUCAUUAUAGUGUUUUCAUGCUCAGUUGACAAACUGGAGACAGUAAAAAAUUUAUAUAUAAACAUUAACAUACAGUUGCAGCCUAGGAAUUUUUGUAAGCGCCACUUCCAAUGAAUAUGCCAGAAUCCAAACUCCUGACUAUACUUCUUGUUUAGUAAAACCAUAUGGUAAUGAAGAAUUCUAGUGCUAUUUCUGCAACAGGAAUGUAAUAUUUAAAUUGCACACCCUUCAAGACAUGGCUGCUGGGACAUCACCAUGAACAAGAAGCAUGGGGAAUCUGAUGGCCUGUUUUGUUAACUGGAAAGUAUUUGAACAUAAUCACUACUUCUGUGAUCACAGAACAGCAAGGGACAUUGAUCAAAGUGCCUUGGUGAACAUAUAGGAAGAAAUUUGCACUAAACCUGUUUAAAGAAAAAAAAAAUCAUUCUAAUUUGCUUCUUGAAAGAAGCCAACACCACUGCAUUUUUCCUAAAAAGAUAUUAUUUCAGAACUUCUAUCCUAAAUAAACCUUAAAAAGGAAAAUUUAACUGAAACUCACCUGCACAGCCAGUGAUUGUAUGAACCACCACUUUCACAUCAUCUACAUGGAUUUAGUUGAUCUUUUAGAAGAAUCCUGAAUGGAUUGAGAUAGCCUCAGAAAAACCCAACAGGAACACUACAAACCUGCAAGCACGCGUCCCUGCUGUUGACUCUUCUGUAUGAAUUAGACUGAAAACCACGCAAGGAUACUCAGUAUUAUCAAAGUGUAAGUGAUUGUGUGAAUACUACAUAAAAGACCAAGCCUCACUGGAAUAACAUCUGGGUUUAUGGGGCCUUUUACAUUGAAAAAAUACUCCUUUUGCCAAAGUAAGCCUCCCCCCAGUACUGAAUAAACCUCUGUUGCUAUGAUGGGGAUGAGUUAUUUUUCCCCCCCAUCUGCAAUGCCUUCAACCACUGAUGCUAUGGUAUUGCCACUUAAGUAUCCAAGAUUGGCCCUUUUCUACUUCUGCCUCAAAGGGGAAGGCUCUCAAAGGAAAGUGCCUAUUAAUGAUUAGGCAGACAUAUGUGCUGCUGUGACUGUAUCUCAGAAGAUGGGAUUGAUCUAUGCUGGAUCUAAAUCUGGAUAUCCCACCAGCUUCAGCAGAGUACAGCUGCAAGAAGCAGGCUAUCAUGCUGAAAGAGAUACAAGAUUCAUAAACCACUUAAUGCAUCCUUAAUGAUAUACAGAGCUAGAAUUCAGAUUAAUUAAGCCAAUUUUUAAAGUGCUUAAAAGGACACUAAAAGUCAUUACGAGGUUUUUCCUUUAAAAAGUCUGAUCUUAUUGUACGCGUUCUAAAAUGUGAUGUCCUUCUGAUUCAUACUGUCCUGAUUUUUUUGGUGUCAACUUACUGAAUAUUGUUCUCGCUGCUUCUGAUUGUUUUAUGAAGAGAUGUCCAUUGUCUUAAAAUGCACAUUAAGUACAAGAAACUCAAGCUCUGGAAAAACUACUGAUUUGGAACAAAUAAUUUAAGAAAUGCAUAGACUGAAAAUAUUCAGAUAACUCUUGGGGUAUGAGUGCAAUUUAUGACACAGCUUGGUAGUGUUGCAUGCUUUGCUGGUUAGCUGUGUUAAAUACUGUUUUGGUAGUAUAAUCCACGUCAUGCAAAGUUUUGAAACGUUCUUUGAAUAAUCUGAAAGACAAUAAACAGAUAAGUGCUACAAAA